AUGAAUCCUCCGCUUGAGCUCUUCGUCCUCUCAUGGGGUGUCUACCCCCGCCGAGUCCUGAUCUACCUUGCCGAAAAAGGUCUUCUUAAUUCACCACUCAUCAAAAUCACCGAAGUCACUGUCGACAACGGGAAGCUGUCAGCUCCUGGUAAACCAGCCGGCACAGCACCCGUCCUACGACUUCCCGACGGGUCGUUCAUCAAGCAAUCGGUCGCAAUCCUCGAAUACUUUGAAGAUGUUUGCCAGAAUCCCAAAGAGGACUGGGAGAUGGAACUCGCCAAGCAUGCCAAAAGUAGUAUGGUUGGAGAUACAGCAGCAGAAAGAGGCCGCGUUCGAGACAUGUUGUCUCUCGCAGAAGAAAUCACGAGCCAGUUCAUGUUUGCUUGUCAUAAAGGCACUGUAUUAUUCCUAACGCUCGAAGUAACGCAUCCUACCACCGCAAAGCUCAUUAUGGAGUUUUGCUAUAAGAAUUUGAGACUGCUGGACAAGUACUACAAAGCAGAUGGACGUUUUGACCACGGCACCGAUGUUGAGGUCAAUAUUGCAGAUUGCGUGUUGUACUCGGUCUUACACUUUGCCAAAGACUUGUGCAGCUUGGAUCUUCUGUCUGAUCCCGAGCUCGCCAACUUGCGAGCGUUUUACGAAUGGUUUGGGAAGAGGGAGAGUGUUCAGGUGGAUGAUGAUCAUUUCCCAGGAAAUAUCAAAGAAUUGGCUAGUCAGUGGCUUCCUGUAGAAUAA